AUGGCGUCACAGCUAGAAAUUAUUGAUUUGACUAAUGAAACCACUGAUUUAUCUGAGUUAUCUACUACUCAGACUGAACCAAUUCGUACUAAAAGAGUCGCCAGUCUGACGGUGGAAGUCAACAAUGAAGAAGAUUUAUCACCAACAAAAAAGUACAAAACAGACUCCAAGUCGAAUUCUGCUGAGGUAAAUCAGAAUAAAUCAACAGAAGAGAAAUCCUUGUCUAAAAAAGAAUUAGAAAAAGCAGAAAAGGAAAAACAAAAACAAGAGGAAAAGCUUCGUAAAGAACAAGAAAAGCUUGAGAAGAAAAGAAAGCAAGAAGAAGAAAGGGAAUUAAAGAGAAAACGACUCGAAGAAGAAAAAGAAUUGAAAAAGCAAAAACAAGAAGAAGAAAGAAGGGCAAAAGAGCUUAAAAAGGAGGAAGAAAGACUUCAAAAGGAAAAGGAAAAGCAAGAGAAAGAAAGGCUAAGAUUAGAAAAGAAACAAAAGUUGGAGGAACAAAGAUUGGCCAAGGAAGCAGAAAAGAAACGACUUGAAGAGGAGAAGAGAAAGAUCGAAGAAGCCAAAGAAAGAAGUCAAAUGAAAAUCUCUAGUUUUUUUCAAAUUGGACAGAAACGUAAAGAGAAAAAAGUAUCAUUGGACUCAUCUGAAACAGAUGCUACUAAAGCUACCCCUAAAUCGUUUUAUGAAACUGAGUUUUUACCAUUCUUUGUUCAAAAGAAUGUAAGCUUGAUGAGUAUUGACAACCAGGAUAUCCUGGGAUUCAAGAGUAUUCUUGACGACUUUAUAAAUGGAAAAUUGCAGAAAGAGCUGUCUUUCAAAUCAUAUCUUAGUAAAUUCACAAAAUCUUCUCCUUCAACUACCAACGACAUCACACCCGAAGAGAUCAUUAAUGCCCUAAACUCACCCACAACAACUGAAAACCAAGUUUAUCAAUUAAUUCAAGAUCUACCUCCUAUCAAGUAUAUUAGUUUUUAUGAAAACUCAAAGCCUCCAUAUAUUGGGACUUAUUGUUCGUUGGCUCAUCAAAAAUGCCGUGACGCUAUAAUUCAAAAUCCACUUGAUAAUGAGAUAACUGGUCUAGAUUAUGGCUAUGAUUCAGAUUUAGAAUGGAAUAAGGAGGAUGAAGAAGGUGAAGAUAUAGAAAAUGAAGAUGACGAAGAUGAUGACGAUUCAGUUAUGGGAGAUGAAGAUGACGAGGAAUUUGUGGAAGAUGAUCCUCAAAGCAAUAAAAAGAAAUUCAUUACCUUAACAGUGAUUAACAAAUGGAACAAUGAAGAAAACAGUCAAGAUUUCCAAAGUUUUGCUACUGUUAAAUUAGUAGAUAUAGCUGGAGCAAUAGAUCCCUUCCAUAAUUAUUGGGCUACUCAAAAUGAACCACAAGUUCAGGAAAUUUCAUCGACUCAGGAUUCAACGAAACCUGUUGCUAAUAUUUUAAUAAACAAAACAACUCCUACUGUGGGUACAUCUUCUAGUCCGAAUAUAUUGAUUGCUCAAAAGAAAACUAUCAAAGAUUCUCUGGUUUUGGCUGAUUUAAUAAAAUUUGUGGAAAAUAAUAAUGAUUUUACUAUUGGUACAUUGGUGGAACUAUCUAAGAAAGAGUUUAAAGAUUUUACUAAGGCAUUGAUUAAAAAUACAAUACAAGAGAUUGCAGUUUACGACAAAAAGUCAAGCAAAUGGGAAAUAAAAGCUGAAAUGAAAGAGAAAUAUUGUUCAUAG